UUUACUAUAAAACCAGUGACUUCUGGGCGUUUUGAGUCAUAAUCCUAGCCGAGUUCGUCGCGUGUUCUAUACGUUCUUCAGUUCGAUCUUGUGUGAUCCCACCAAACCUUGCCAAGAUGAAAUUCUUCAUUGUCCUGAUCGCCGUCGUUGCUGCCGUCUGCGCCGAUGAUAUGCCCGCGGAAUCGAUGAAGUCCAAGCGUGGACUCAGCCUGAGCCUGGGCUAUCAUGGAUACCAUGCCCCGGCGGUUGUUUCGCAUGCCGCCUAUGCCGCCCCAGUGAUCGCCCACUCCGCCCCUCUGGUGGCUGCCCCCACUGUCUAUCAUGCCCCGGCUGCCAUCACCAAGACCUACGUGGCCCACACCCCAGUUGUGCACCAUGCCCCGGCCUAUGCUGCCUAUCAUGCCCCGGCCGUUGUUGCCCACGCCCCUCUGGCUUAUUCCCACGCCCCCAUCUAUCACGCCUUCCACCGUCGUUAAGAGAGCGAGAUGGAUUUGUUGAUUUUAAGCAGCAAUAGCUUUAGCGAGGCUUAAGUUUUUUGUUCGUUUUCAUAAUGUUUUUUUUUUGUUCUUUUUGUCUAAGAUAAUGAAAAAAGUGGAAGAAACAACCCCGUCAUUAGGAUAAGCGCCGUUUAAUCAACUCGAAUGUUGUAAGUUUGUGUGUGUAAAUAGUUCAAGACAAAAGUGUCUUGAAUCAAAAUUUCUGCUUGCCGUUUUUUUUUGUUUGGAUAA